UUUAAGCUGCUACCAGAGUUAUUCAAGGAUGAGGAGAAGGUCCUCAGUCCCACAUCAGCAACCCCUUCAGGGCGCGUGCCUUUGUCUCGAACGGCUGUAAAACCAGCCAAGGCCAGGCCAGGUCAGGCCAGCAAGGAGCAUAAGAAAACUGUGGGACAUCAGUUUCGGAACUCUCUUCAUCUGCUGAUGGAAACCCUGAAUGCCACAACGCCGCACUACGUGCGCUGUAUUAAGCCGAAUGACUUCAAGUUUCCGUUCACAUUCGAUGAGAAGCGCGCAGUGCAGCAGCUGAGAGCUUGUGGUGUCCUGGAGACCAUCCGAAUCAGUGCAGCUGGCUUCCCCUCCAGGUGGACAUACCAAGAGUUCUUCAGCCGUUACCGUGUUCUGAUGAAGCAGAGAGAUGUCCUUAGUGACCGAAAGCAGACGUGUAAAAAUGUCCUGGAGAAGCUGAUUCUGGACAAGGAUAAGUACCAGUUUGGUAAGACAAAAAUAUUUUUCCGGGCUGGUCAAGUAGCCUAUCUGGAAAAAAUAAGGGCAGAUAAGUUGAGAGCCGCCUGUAUCCGCAUCCAGAAGACGAUCCGAGGCUGGCUGAUGCGGAAGAAGUACGUGCGUAUGAGGAAGGCUGCCAUCACCAUUCAGAGACAUGUCAGAGGCUACCAAGCACGAUGCUAUGCCAAGUUCCUGCGGAGAACACGGGCUGCCAUCACUAUCCAGAAGUUCCAGCGCAUGUACGUGGUCCGCAAAAGAUACCAAUGCAUGCGAGCUGCUACUAUUGCUCUUCAGGCUCUCUUAAGAGGUUAUGUGGCCAGGAACAAGUACCAAAUGAUGCUUCGGGAGCACAAGUCUAUUAUUAUUCAGAAACAUGUAAGAGGCUGGCUGGCUCGAGUGCACUACCAAAGGACCUUGAAGGCAGUUGUUUACUUGCAAUGCUGUUUCCGGCGCAUGAUGGCCAAGAGGGAGCUAAAGAAACUGAAGAUAGAGGCUCGGUCUGUAGAACGCUAUAAGAAGCUUCACAUUGGCUUGGAGAACAAGAUCAUGCAGCUGCAGCGAAAAAUUGAUGAGCAGAACAAAGAAUACAAGUCUCUGCUGGAGAAGCUGAGCAACCUGGAGAUCACGCACAGUACAGAGACCAAGAAGCUGCGGAGUGAUGUGGAAAGGCUUCGGAUGAGUGAGGAGGAGGCCAAGAACGCCACCAACCGUGUCAUCAGCCUUCAGGAGGAGAUUGCCAAGCUCCGCAAGGAACUGCACCAAACUCGGUCUGAGAAGAAGACCAUUGAGGAACGGGCAGACAAAUACAAACAUGAAACUGAACAGCUGGUGUCAGAGCUGAAAGAGCAGAACACGUUACUGAAAACGGAAAAGGAGGAGCUGACCCGCCGCAUCCAUGACCAGGCGAGGGAAAUAACAGAGACGAUGGAAAAGAAGCUAUUGGAGGAGACGAAGCAGCUGGAGCUAGAUCUGAACGAUGAACGGUUACGGUACCAGAACCUGCUGAAUGAGUUCAGCCGUUUAGAGGAGCGGUACGAUGAUCUCAAGGAUGAAAUGAACUUAAUGGUGAACAUCCCCAAGCCUGGACACAAAAGAACGGAUUCAACUCACAGCAGCAAUGAAUCUGAAUAUACUUUUAGCUCUGAGAUCACAGAAUCAGAAGACUUACCAGUGAGGAUGGAGGAACCAAGUGAGAAAAAGGCACCAUUGGAUAUGUCUCUGUUCCUCAAGCUCCAGAAACGGGUUACAGAGCUGGAGCAAGAAAAGCAAUCUCUGCAGGAUGAACUGGACAGAAAGGAAGAACAGGCUCUCCGUGCUAAAGCUAAGGAGGAAGAAAGGCCUCCAAUAAGAGGUGCAGAGCUGGAGUAUGAGUCACUGAAGCGUCAAGAACUUGAAUCUGAGAAUAAAAAACUGAAGAAUGAGUUGAAUGAGCUGCAGAAAGCCCUCACAGAAACACGGUCUCCAGAGGUAACUGCUCCCGGUGCUCCUGCAUAUAGAGUCCUCCUGGAGCAGCUGACUUCAGUAAGAGAAGAGCUUGAAGUACGCAAGGAAGAAGUCCUCAUCCUGAGGUCUCAGCUUGUUAGCCAGAAAGAGGCUAUUCAACCCAAGGAGGAUAAGAAUACCAUGACAGAUUCCACAAUCCUCUUGGAAGAUGUACAAAAGAUGAAAGACAAAGGAGAAAUAGCACAGGCAUAUAUUGGACUGAAGGAAACAAACAGGCAAUCUCUCCAGGACUAUCAUAUGCUGAAUGAGGACGGAGAACUUUGGCUGGUUUAUGAAGGGUUAAAACAAGCCAACAGGCUGCUGGAGUCUCAGCUUCAGUCACAGAAGAAGAGCCACGAGAACGAACUGGAAUCACUGCGAGGUGAGAUCCAAAGUCUGAAGGAAGAGAACAACCGGCAGCAGCAGCUCCUAGCGCAGAACCUGCAGCUGCCUCCAGAGGCCCGCAUCGAAGCCAGCCUACAGCACGAGAUCACCCGGCUGACUAAUGAGAACUUGGAUUUAAUGGAGCAGCUUGAAAAGCAAGACAAAACUAUUCGCAAGUUAAAGAAACAGUUGAAAGUAUUUGCUAAGAAGAUCGGUGAACUUGAAGUGGGCCAGAUGGAGAACAUAUCACCUGGACAAAUCAUUGAUGAACCUAUUCGUCCAGUUAACAUUCCACGGAAAGAGAAGGACUUCCAAGGGAUGUUGGAUUAUAAGAAGGAGGAUGAACAAAAACUCGUCAAGAAUCUUAUCUUAGAGCUGAAGCCACGUGGGGUAGCUGUCAACAUGAUUCCAGGACUCCCAGCAUAUAUUUUGUUCAUGUGCGUGCGCCACGCGGAUUACCUUAAUGAUGAUGAAAAACUGAGGUCAUUGUUGACUUCUACUAUCAAUGGCAUCAAAAAAGUGCUGAAGAAAAGAGGUGAUGACUUUGAAACAGUGUCCUUCUGGCUGUCUAAUACCUGCCGAUUUCUGCACUGUUUGAAGCAGUAUAGCGGAGAAGAGGGGUUUAUGAAACACAAUACAUCUCGUCAAAAUGAACACUGCCUCACUAAUUUUGAUUUAGCUGAAUACAGACAAAUACUGAGUGACUUGGCUAUUCAGAUCUAUCAACAACUUGUCCGAGUGUUGGAAAACAUUCUGCAACCAAUGAUUGUUUCAGGAAUGCUGGAGCACGAGACUAUUCAAGGUGUCUCAGGGGUAAAACCAACAGGGCUGCGGAAGAGAACAUCCAGCAUUGCUGAUGAAGGGACCUACACUUUGGACUCCAUUAUUCGGCAGCUGAACUCCUUCCAUUCAGUGAUGUGUCAGCACGGAAUGGAUCCAGAGCUGAUCAAACAGGUUGUCAAGCAGACGUUCUACAUCAUUGGGGCCAUAACGCUUAAUAACCUUCUCCUGCGCAAGGACAUGUGUUCAUGGAGCAAAGGAAUGCAGAUCAGAUACAAUGUGAGUCAACUGGAAGAAUGGCUACGUGAUAAAAAAUUGAUGAAUAGUGGAGCUAAAGAAACACUGGAACCCCUCAUCCAGGCUGCACAGUUGUUGCAAGUAGAAAAGAAAACGGAUGAAGAUGCAGAAGCCAUUUGUUCAAUGUGUAAUGCACUGACUACUGCCCAGAUUGUAAAAGUUCUGAAUUUGUAUACUCCACUUAAUGAGUUUGAAGAAAGAGUCUUGGUGUCAUUUAUACGUAAAAUACAGAUGCGUCUGCGAGACAGGAAGGACUCUCCUCAGUUACUCAUGAAUGCUAAACACAUCUUUCCUGUUACUUUUCCAUUUAAUCCAUCCUCUCUGGCAUUAGAAACCAUUCAGAUCCCAGCCAGCUUGGGCCUGGGCUUCAUAUCACGUGUCUGAUCUCAAGGAUGUACUGUCAGUGUUAGAUGGAGAAUCAGUUGCCUGAUAUCUUUACCCGUUAAAACACAACAAACCACUGAAAACACAUUUUCUCAACAGUCUAUAUAUGCCCAGAUCUGUAGGAAAAGUAGUUGGAAAACUACGUAACAGCACCACAGAUUGAAGGCUAACAGAAAGAUGUGCAUUUGUGUUCAGUCAUUGCACUUAUGAGGACAUCACUGAUCCAUGCAUUUCCAGAAUAUGGAUUCAGGCUUGGACAAAAAUUGUGUCUUCAGCUGUCUAGAGACAUUUUUAGAUCUUUAGUAGCAUAUUUAAAUAGUGUAUAUUAAACUCCAUAUGUAACUUUCUCAUAGGCAGGGACCAACAGGGACAGUCACAGCCCUGAACAUGGAAGACUUGAAAGUAAGGCAUUUUGUAGUCGAAUAUGCAGUCACUUUGGGAGCCUGUUACAUUUAAUUUGUAAAAACUGGAAUGGAGAAACACAAACUGGCAAUAUAUAAAAUGAUUUCUUAAACCACUUCCUUAUUUAUGUCAGUUUGACCUAAGCUCUAGUGAUAAGUCUUGUAGCUCACUAUAUGCUACAACAUAGGUGUUCAUUUGUUAGUACCGUGGUUUACCGAGCAUACUAAAUCGCUGCUGCAUAUUCUGUUCUUUUAAAUGUAUGACAGUAUCAUACUAAGCACUGAAAUAAGAUACUUAAUUUUUUUUGUUGUCAACCUUAUUUACAGUCUGAUGCAGUCCGUUAUUUUAAGUGGAUUUUUGCAAAUGGUAUCAAAUAACAACUGUAGAGGAAAAUGGUAACUAAGCACAAGUAGCACACUGGAAAUUAGUUAA